AUGAGUGAUGUCGAGGCAGUCUCUUUACCAGCUGCCCUGGACGUCGGUCAGAAUAGGCUUGCCACAGUAAAGCCAGACCCUGUUGGUCCUUCAUCACCGGGCAAAGCUCGUGCAGAUCCCCACCCACGGGUAGACAGCGAUGGACCGACACGUGUACAUUCAGAAGGGGAGGAGGAUGGGCCUCCUAGUCCUAGGGCGGAUUCGGAGGCGGAGACAAUAAUCCAAUCAGGUCGAGAAUCCUUGUCGCCGGAGAAGAAAAGAAAGCAUAUAAAGCACGAUCCGAGUCGCCAUGAGCCUAACGGAACCGAUGGACAUCAGCGAAAGAAACCACGGGUGUUUGGCGACACUUGCGAACGGGAACGGGAACGGGAACGGAGCCCUCCUUCUCGAAGCCACCGAGCAAUUUCGCCAUCGGUAGUAAAGAUUGAAAAGGUCGAUGAUUCUCAGAUGUCAGAAACGGAAGGUGUUGCCAAUGGAAUCGACCGUGCGUCAGAGAUAGCUAGCGCUUUCCGUAAGCGAAGCUUAAGUGACAGUGCCGAGGAACAACGAGAUCGUCGUCGCGCAAACUCCCAUGCAGCAUCCCAUCCUGUGCGGGAACUUAAACAUACCAAUAAUACGCGCCUCUCCAGACCUCCAUCCAACACACGAUCACUCUCACCCAAUCGACCAUCCCACCAACGGUCUGCUUCGGGCUCUCGGUUCCCGAAGAAGAAGGCGCCAACCCCUGUGCUCACAGACUCUGGGCGACAUAGCUCCGAAGAUAGACAGUCGACCUCCUCCUCUCAAAGCGGUUCCCCACUGCCGGGGGCGCAUUUACGCAAGCUUGGCUCUGGAGUCGGUGCGUCCGCGUCCCCUGCUAAGCAAAUGGGACCGAAGAAGCUGCGUGACAAGAGCGGCCGGACUCCUCUUGCGCGGGCGCAACACCCCCUGCAGAUCGCAUCGCUUGCUGGAGAAGCCGAAAUUGUCAAGUUCCUGCUUGAUGCAGGCUGCGAGAUUAACACUAAAAACAUUGACAAAGACACCCCGUUGAUUGAUGCUGUGGAGAACGGGAAUGUGGAGGUGGUCAAACUCCUGCUUGAUGCAGGUGCAAACCCGCGAACUGUGAAUGCCGAAGGCGAUGAGCCUUAUGAGUUGGUUCCGUCCUUUGUAGAUGAUGAUGAGUAUGACGAGAUGCGGAAAGCGCUUGCUGACGCCAAGGUCAAUUUACGGCCUGGUCGACGCUCAGAGGAACAUACAAGACCAGAGAGCAAGGAACCUUCCUCGCGACGAGCUUCGGCGCCCCCUCCAGUGGGCGCAGGAAAUCGACGAAAGGGUGGGCGAAGCGAAGCCACGAGAAAUGACCUUCUGUGGACGAAACCCACAUUUGAGAACCUUCGAGAGUUUGCUGCCAAAGGCGAUGAGGCUGGGGUGGUGAGCAUUCUGAAUAUUUUGCAGAAAGCCGACAAUGCUUCCUUGAUUGCUGCGGCAAAGGGUGGCCACCACGAUGUCCUCUCUCUUUUGUAUGCGAUGGGAAAUGCAGACGCGGAUCCAAACCCGUUGCGUGGUCAAAAACCGGGUUACAACACACCUAUGCUUGCUGCAAUUGGCCGAGGUAACAGCGCUGUUAUCCAGCUCAUCCUAAACCAACCCGGAUUUAACCCCACGCGACGACUGUUUGAAGAAAGAACGUAUUUUGAACUGUCUCGUGGUCGACAGGGUGAGAACUGGGAGGACGAGUAUCAGAUUCUGAAAGAGGCGUAUGAAAGGUUUGGAGGUUCCGACAAGCGUCGCAAAGACGACUCACCCCGCCGUGCUCGUGGGAAAGAGAAGGAGGAGAAACGUCCCCCACGCAGAGGAUCUUCCUCCCCUGUCGCGCGCAAAAAGCACAACACCAGCCCCAACGCCAACAGAAAUCGCGAUUCUUUGAAAGACAUGGAUCCAAUCAAAGAAAAGCGUCGUCAAAAAGAGCACGAUCCAUCACGACCAUCGGAUUCCUCCAAACCCAAAUCUUCAUUAUCCGCCAGACGAGACAGCGAGUCUAGUGGGGUGGCACCCAACGAAGACAUUCGAAAGAGACGCCUCAUUGCUGGACGUCGCCCCCAGGAGCGUAGACCGAGUCUCUUCUCAUCUGAUUCGCUCUCUGGACGCGAAGAGGCACCGAAGCCGCGUGUUGAUACAGCACCGGAUAACACAUUGUCUUUGAAGCGCAUUCGCGCUGAUGGGUCCCCGGAACGAUCUCGUUCGCGUGGCACGGAUAGUGAUCGCUUAUCUCCCGAGGCGCGCAAAAAGAAGAGACGGGUUGUCUCUGAAGAUAAGUCUUCUGGUGCUACACAUGGUGCACCAAGGCAACCUAAUGAUGCCAGCAAACCCCAUCCUCGCCGACCCCACGAGGAAUCUAAUCGAGCUGCUGAACCUCAACCACACAAACCCACCGACGCCUCCAAAAAACCCCCAACCCGCCCAACGUCACCCCGUCAUGAUCCCGCCAAGAAGAACGGCGAUACGAAAAGGGAAUCGCACGAGCCUAGAGCCGACACCAUGGAAGACACAAUGGCCGUCGCGAAACGUAUCGAGCUUGAAGCUCAUGAGCGUCGACGAGCCCAGGCCAAGAAGGCGGAAGAGGAGCGUGCCGCGAACGAAAAGCGCAUUGCAGAGGAAGCCGAGCGCGAUCGACUUGCCAAAGAAGAAGCCGAACGCGUGGCCCAGGUUGAAAAAGCUGAAGAGGAAGACCGCAAACGCAAGGAGAUUGAACAACGACGCGCCAAACAAGCCGAAGAUGAUCGUCUGAAGCGGUUGGAGCAAGAACGCGCUCGAGCCGCUAAGAUGCGCCGUGAUCGCGAGGCAGCAGAGCACCGACGCCGUGAGGCACUUCCCAGUCGCCUUCGUGUUGCAGCGAACCUCGUGGGCUCCAACAACCCCCGUGCGAAAAGUCAUGAGUGGCUCAAGUCUUUCAUGCCUCUAGUUACUGCCCUCACCCGUCAACUCGAUCCUAGCUGUGGUGUGGAUGUCGCCGACGAGAAAUGGAUACCGAACUACUUGGUUGCGCCUCUUCUAGCUACCAAUGAUCUGCAGCUUUCGCAAUACGCCAGCUGGGAGAAGCGAAAGGCGACACCGACUCAACGUGUGAAUCUGUGGCGAGUCACCCGUCGCAUGUUGACUCAUACGGACGAUGUUGGAUUCCAAAGCUCGAGCAUCGGACAGAUCAUGCAGAAGGAUUGUGACACGCGCCCCAAGUAUUUCGAGAUGGAGCAUGUCUUCUGGAUCCGACUUUCUGAUUUCACAGACCUCGUCCCACACAUCCCUCACCUGCACGGCCUAGAACUGCAGUUCUUGAACAUGCACGUCGAUCCGGAGCCGCCGACGACUGGCGCAGAUUUCGGCACUCCCCAACUCAAUGGCCAUGGCCCGGGAUCCUCAGUCGAAACCAACGGAACCGGUCUCAAUGGUUAUGGCCCUUCUAGGCCUAGUACAUAUGUCUAG